UCUCUUCGUGCCCUGGCAAACGUUGAAGAUGUUGCAAGCGGCAUAUCGCUGGGUGACCCUGAAGGAUGGGAGAUUGAGCAGCCGGACGUGGACAGAGUGCCUCUCUCGGAUCCCUUUCACCAUGGCACUGUAUACCUGUGGCCCAAACCCUGCAAUCUACCCAGCAGCCCCAACAUUGAAAUUGUGUGAGAUCUUUAUCCAUUUCUUUCUUCCACUCCAUUUCUCCGCCAUAGCCAAAGCUCGCCUCGUUUGUUCUUCCUUGUCUCAGAUCCCGGCUGACGUGACCCAAGGGACAAAUCCACUGACAACUUCGAUUGGAGACGCGGAUGCGGUGAUUUGCGCUACUGGAUUUCGCUACUCUCUCGAUGUCCUGGCUCCCUGGAAGGUGGACUAUCGAGGAACCCUAAACCUCGUGGAAGCGUGCCGCAAGAAUGGGAUCAAGAGAUUCGUGCUCAUAAGCUCCAUUCUCGUGAAUGGCGCCGCGUGGGGGCAGGCGCUCAAUCCAGCCUAUCUGGUGCUCAAUGCGUUUGGUCUCACGCUCAUCGCCAAGCUCCAGGCCGAGAACUAUGUGAGAAGCUCUGGGAUCAACUACACGAUCAUCCGGCCUGGGGGCCUCUCGGAGGAGAAACCGGAUGGAAACAAGAAGAUCGUCAUGGCAAAGCAGGAUACGCUCUCGUCCGGAUCGAUUUCGCGAGAUCUUGUCGCUGACGUUGCCGUGGAGUCGAUCGAUUGCGACGAUGCGAGCUUCAAAGUAGUGGAAAUCGUGGCGGAGCCUGGCGCCCAAAAACAGAGCAUCGCAGAGCUCUUUGCCCUAAUUUCAUAAUCCUGGUGGGCCGAAGA